UAAAUUACCGGUGUAUUCACUGUACCGGUAUACGGUAUACACUUGUGACGUGCAUGAUUGUGAAGAAUUUGUCUUUGUAUGGGUAGUUAAGCCCAAAAGCAAAUCAAAAUGACAUCUUUUUUUGAUGGUGCCAUCUUCAAGGAUACUGAUGGUAUAAUCAUGAAUGAAGAUCAUGUCGAACUUCAGGAAAGAACCCUCUCAGACUCUGAUGUCGGUGAUGAUGUGGAGCUACCCCGGGAGCCUCCGAUGCCAGAUCCUCAGCCACAGCCUCGGGAAGAAGCGGCUGCAGGCAUUGCCACCGGUACUGGUAAUGAGGAUGUGGAGUAUUCUGUAGAAGAAGCUGUCAAUGCUAUGGGGUUUGGAUGGUUCCAGGUCAAGGUAGCCUGCAUUGUUGGCUUCAACUGGAUGGCGGAUGCAUUUGAGAUUAUGCUAGUUAGUGUUCUCUCGGACAAGCUCAAAUGUGAAUGGGACCUGCUACCUUACCAACAGGCAAUAAUCACAACUAUUGUCUUCUCGGGAUACUUCCUUGGCGCACCCCUGUGGGGGCUGAUGGGUGAUAAGUUUGGACGUAAAGUGACCCUUUUACUCUGUUCUUUCUACAUCUUCUACUUUGGAUUCCUGAGUUCCUUUUCACCUAACCUCACUUGGCUGCUUAUUUUAAGAGGACUUGUUGGUAUGUCGUUAGGUGGUACAUCUCAAGCUGUGGUUAUCUUGGCCGAGUUCCUCCCAUCGAAGAGCAGAGGAUCAUGUCUUGUAUUUAUUGAAGCUUUCUGGGUUAUAGGUGUUCUUCUUGAGAUAUCAUUAGCUCUUCUCGUCAUACCUACGUUAGGUUGGCGAUAUCUCCUUGUCUUUUCAUCAGUUCCUCUACUCAUCUUUGUAUAUCUUGCCAAGUUUCUACCAGAGAGUGCGCUCUAUCAGCAAGCAUCAGGAAAUUGGAGUGGCGCCAUGGCAUCCCUAGAAGAAAUCUCUCGUAUAAAUAAGAAGCCACUACCACCAGGAAAGCUUAGGAAAAAGGCUGAACUUAAACCCAAAGGAUCAUUCCGAGAAUUAUUCACGACCAAACUGUUAGCUACCACGACUCUUCUUCUGAUUAUUUUAUGGUUUUGUAAUGCAUUCCUCUAUUAUGGGAAUGUUCUUUUAUCUACGGAAUUGAUUUCAUCUGGAGAUACGUGUGCUUCUAAUGCUGAGCCAGAACUGGAAUGUCUUUCUACUUGUAAAUCUCUUGAUACUCAGGGAUAUGUUGACUUACUGGUAACUUCAUUAGCUGAAUUCCCAGGUAUUGUUUUGACUCUGCUUGUGAUUGACACACUGGGUAGAAAAAUCACUAUGGGUCUUGAGAUGUUAGUAGCUGGUGUCUUCACUUUCCUUCUACUAUUAUGUAUUGGCGGUUUGCCCCAGCUUGUUUUUAUCUUUGUAAUUCGUGGCUUGAUUUCAGGAGCAUACCAGGCUUUGUAUGUCUACACACCAGAGAUCUUCCCUACGCAUGUGAGGUCAGUAGCUAUGGGAACGUGUGUCGCUUCAUCGAGGUUGGGUGCUGUUUUGACCCCUUUUGUAGCCCAGAUUUUGGUCAAGCAGUCAUUGGUCAUGGCGGUAUGUGUGUAUGGCAGCUUUACCAUCCUAGCUAGCAUUGUAUCCAUCAUCCUCCCCAUAGAAACAAAAGGACGUAUCCUCAAAUAGAUGAUGGAGCUGAUUCUAGUGAUUUUGAAAUUAGCAAUAUCAAAGUUAUUCACUAAAGUAUACCUUACCCUCUAUAUAUGGGAUCUUUCUAAAUAUGUUACUUUAUAUGGAAGAUUGAAAUGUUUGUCUUAUUAUAAUAAUUGUAGUGCUUCAUGAAGUGCAGUAAGAAUGAAGGAAAAAAAUGGGGUCUGACUAACAAAAUACAAUAUCUUGCUUUGAAAUCUGCCGAUCAUACUGAAAGAAAUUGAAGGUCAUUUGACUAAAAUUGUCCAUGAAGUAACUACGAACUGGUCUAUUGCCCAUCUGUGUCUCCUAUAGGGAUCAAACUAUAAAAUGAUUCCCCAAGUUAUUAUUGAAGUCAGGAUAAAACUAUUCAUAAUGAUGAUGAUGAUGACAAACACAUGUAAAUGUAUGUACUUGAGAGGAUUAUGACUUGGUCUAAUCUCACAUUCUCUCAUCCCACAAUGCAUAGUAGGUCAGUAUUCUGAACUCUGGUUUGACUAUUAUGGUAAUAAAAAAGAACAAAACAAACAAAGCAGACCUUGACGUUUGAUCUAAAGUUAUCAGUAAGCCAUUAUUCUAGCAUAAAAAAAGAAAUGUAGACAUCUAUGAUAUAUAUAUAUACAUACAGUGGAAACAAAGUUUUGACUUAGACCAUGAAAUGGGCUUGAUCUAAAGCAGAUAUCAGAAUACUGGCCAUUGAAUGGCAUUCACAUAGUUAAACUAGGGUUCAACUAAAGGCUCAACAAGAAUGUUAGUCUGCACAUCUAUGUAAUGCUAGGUUACAUAUUCCUAUUUCAGUUUUCAGGGCAAAGAUAAGAGUGCCAAAGGAAUUGUUGAAUAUAAAAUAAGUCUUUAUAUUCAUAUAAAUUUUUUUUGUCCUCUUUCUGUUCCUAAAUUAAUCUUGGGUAUACUUUCCCCACAGGAAUAACAAAAUCCAUACAUAGCGGGUCAGCCACAGACAGUCCAAUAUAGUAAGAGAUAACUUUGAGAAAACAAUUUAUUUUCUCGAUAACCUGUUUGCCUGAUAACCAUUUUGUUCCAAUUACCAUCUUACCUGUUUACCAGUUUGUUUGAUACCCUCUUAGUCUAACAUAUUUGCAGGCUACAUGAUUAGAAAAAAUUGGUCAAGAUAAAUGUUGUUCAUUAUACCAGUAAUUAAUGUAGAACCUGAAUAAAAUAUGUGUUGUUAAAAACUAAGUAUCCAUGACAAUGAAUAUGUAGUUAAUAGUGUGUGUUUAUAAGGCACCUUGAGAAAAGUCUUUCAGCAGAAGUCUGACUCAGCGUCUUUCUCUUUUGUCAUUGGAGAGGGAAGGAUAUUGCUAUAAAAGAUACUGAUAUGACAUAAACUUUUGUACUCUGCUGAGCAUACGUAUGAAAUACUUGUUCAUGUAUAUUUGCAUAUCAUUUAUCUUCUGCAUUUCAAGAGUUUGUAAAAUUAGUUUAUUAACAUAUUCAUGAUAAUGAAUAUGUUUUUAUAACCAUAAUUGCUACUACAUAUAAAGAGAUAUUGAAAGGAAAUUAUACUUGUGAUCAUCAUACUAAAAUACAAAUUGGCAAAAGAUAGAUAUUUGUGAUUACAUCAGGGAUGCCACUUUUCCAAAUAAAAGUCUGAACUAGACAACUAAUUUUCAACUAUAGAUAUUAUGUAUUUUCAUGUGUGAAAUGGCUUAUGCCAGGUGCUUUAUGACUUCAUUUAUUUAUUUUAUUCUAAGUGACACCUCUGAUUAUAUUUAUUCUGUUUGAAAUCAAUAUUCUUUUUAAUAUUCUUUUUAAAAUAAAAAUACAGGUAUACAUGUAAGCAUAUAUGAUAUUUUAUAAAAUUUAUUUAGGUGGGAAAUCAUGCCCAUGAUUUAUAUAUUUCAUUCAUAUUUAUCAAAAUUAUUUGUAUGUAAUGUUCUGUUUUGAUAUAUUCACAAUUUGGCAAUAUGUGAAAGCAGUUUUGAUAUGUAUGGUUUAUUAAUCGUAUUGAUAGGUUGGUGAAUAUAUGAUUAUACGUGUUAGAAGUUUUUUUUAAUAUAUAUACUUAUUUUUAACUAUACAGGGUGUAUUGCAAUUUUUCUUCACAUCUUUGUCAAGACUGAAAUUGAUCAGUGGAUAGAUUUGCUGCAUCAAAAUUGUGAUAUAUGUUUUGUGAUAUUGUAUUUUUAAACUCGGUGGGAUGGUAAAUUGAUACUGCUGAAUAUUUAGAACAAUUUGAUAACAUUUA